AUGCCUUUUGAGCUUCGCCCUAUCACCUCAGAUGACACAUUAUCCUGGGUGCGAUGUAUACACAACGGAGCAAUCAGUGACUCAUCCGUCCGCCGUAUCGCCGAAGACUGGAAAGAAGACCUCAAGAAGCCAAACAACUAUCAUUGGAGAGUAGUCGACACAGACCUUGAACCCAGCGAAGAUGACCCACCAACCAACGGAGGUCGCACCAUCGCCAUCGCAGUAUGGAGCAUGCAUAAUGCGAAAGCCGAACGCAGCAAUGAACCUGUAGCGACUCCAUCCCUCACCACCACAAAGUCUAGCUUUGUUCCCCCAGAACUCCGACUCGAUGCCCUGAGCUCACUCCUCGGACCGCUCCGCGCAGCCCAGCCAGAGAUAAUGGGUUCUUCAGAGCCGUAUCUCAUGCUCAACAUGCUCGCUACGCAUCCCGAUCAUCAGGGUCGUGGAGCUGGCAAAGUGUUGCUGGACUGGGGGCUCAAGAAGGCGGAUGAUGAGGGACUUGUUACGUAUCUCAGUGCUACGGGGUUGGGGAGGCGGAUGUAUGAGAAGAGGGGGUUUGAGGUGGUUAAGACAAUUGAGUGGGAUAGAGUGCCGUGGGGAGGGGAGGGCAAGGAUUGUCAUUGGUGUAUGGUAAGGAGGCCGCAGAAGGAGAAGGUGUAG